UUGUAAGUGCAAUAGCGCAUAGUGUCCGGAAGUAGACCGUGUGGCGUGCGUGUGUUUGUGUGUGGAGCAGGUUGCCGUGAUCACCGUCUCUAGUACCCGGUUUGUUUUUGUUCUCUAACAAAGUGGGAGUCACAGAGCAGCGGUCGGUUCUCAAGUGGAGGACGGGCACCGUCGUUUCGUCUUUGUUUUUGUUUACAGUAGCUCGUUUCUGUUUAAACAACACAAAAUGGGUCCUGGUUAGGAUUGUUCUGGAAAUAAGGAAGAAUUUAAUUUUUAGCAGGCGAGCUGAUGCGGCUCAGGGGCGAUCGGCGGCCCGCUGCCGUGUGUGAAGCCUCGGGCUAAAGUGAAGCUGCGGUCGCUGCGGCUUUGCUGACGGAGGAAAGGACACGCCGCUGCGACUCCUCAUUAAAGAAGAACAACGAAACAAAUCUCCCUCUGAUUCUGUUUUGGGAGUUAUCUCACUUGAAACGCCGCCAAGAUAGCUGGACCGGGAAGGAAACGGCACAGCUCAGAUCCAGACCCUUGUGAAAGUAGCUCCGGGAGCGAGAUAGGAGACAGCCGACCCAUUAGCAGCAAGUGGCUGAAGAUGGCCAGCAGCAGUACAUGCCCCAGCGAAUCGGGCCGGAGGCGAGGUCAGAGAGGACCUGACGACGCAGUCAGCGCCAGUAAAAAGAAACAGAAGGACAGAGCCAACCAGGAGAGCAAGGAGGCCAAGCGGGCAACCCCAGCCACCAGCUCAGAGACUAGAAAAGAUUUGUUUCUGGACUGGAAGCAGAAUGCACACGAGGUGAUCGUGAGGCUGAGCUGUGAAGAUGCUGGGGUGCUGAGAGUGGAAGAUAUCGAUUAUGCCUUUUCUGAUUCCGCCUGCCACAUCCGGCUGCCGGAUGGCCGUGAAUGGAGCUGUAAUCUCCAUGAAGAGAUUGAAGCCUCCUGCAGUAAACUGCUUUAUAAGGAGAAAACAAAUGUUCUUCAGCUUGUUAUGCACAAGAAGAUCCCGCUCAACUCGUGGCCCACCUUUGCUAACAAGAAAAAAACUGAAAUAGUGAACAUCCUUGGAGAGAAUGGCAGCAACCACCCCCGGUCAACCACAGGCCAGUCUGAAAAAUCUGCCGAAAUCAUUGAAAAAAUACCCGCAGUGACUUCUGCUGAGCAGAAACGGGGUAAACCUGCCCGAGGGUCAAAACGAGGGAUGAAAGGCAAACCGGUGGAGCUCUCUGAGAGCACAGAUGUGAAGGUAGAUGAGAUUAAAUCGAGCGAUAAAGCAGACCCGAUCAGUGAGCCCAGCGCAAAGCGUACCACACGACCCUCCAGAAGCACAAAAGAGCCCCCAAUAGCUCCCUGCUCGAUAAAGGAGUCUCAAUCCAAACCAGCAGUUGAUGGAAAAACACAUGCACUAGCCGGGAGCAGCAGUGCCUCUUCAACUAGCAAUGCAAAAGACAACAGGGUUCAGAUGCAAGUAAAAGGUCAGGUAUGCCAGGCAUCACCAAAAGAAAAAGAGCUGGACACGAGGCCAAAAAGCAACAAUCAGGUUGAGGCAGAUGAAAGUAAGGCUGUUUCCUCACUGUGUGAGCUGAAGGUGGCGCAAGAGGAGAGUUCUCUUCAGGUGAAAACGCAAACAAUAACAUCUGAUGAGCGAGAAAAAAGAACAGAUGAAAAGAAGCCACAGUCUGAUGCCCAGAUCCCUACAAUGCUUCCAUCUCAUGAUUUGGUAUCUGAGAAGCCUGUUUCAACAGCCUCUAAGAGAGAGGAGUCUCCUCAAAAGAGAUGCACAGAGGAGAAGAGAGACAAGUCCAAGGAGGAUCCACAUGGAGGAAGCCAAGAGGAGGAUACAGAAGAUCCGGAGCCUAUGGUGAACUUGAAGCUAGUGAAGAAUGACUCGUAUGAGAAAGGGACAGACCUGAUGGUUGUUAAUGUCUACAUGAAAGAAAUCUGCAAGCACACGUCCAGGGUGCUGUUCAGGGAACAAGACUUCACUCUUAUCUUCCAGACCAGUGAUCCCAACUUUUUGCGCCUUCAUCCGGAUUGCGGACCAAACACCGUCUUUAAAUGGCAGGUUAAACUCAGGAAUCUAAUUCAGCCAGAUCAGUCAAGCUAUGCGUUCACUCCGUCCCGUAUCGACAUCACCCUGAAGAAAAGACACAGUCAGCGCUGGGGAGGUCUGGAGGCACCUGCCAUACAAGGUGCAGUGGGGGGUGCCAAGGUUGCAGUGCCCUCUAGCCCUUCCACACUCGAAAAGAGCCAGCCAGGAAGCAGCCAGCAUGCACUUCCUGUUAAAGAAGACCCACGAGUAGGAGAGGAGAAAGCCAAACCCCCUCGGGCCCCAGAGGACUUAGAUCUGGAUGCCGUGGCACCUCGCUCAGUUUCCGAACACAUGUCCCUCAAACAGGAACCAACUGUUGCUACGCCAAAGCCCACCUGCAUGGUGCAGCCCAUGACUCACACUCCUCCUGCAGGCAGUGAGAGAGCUGAAGAAGUGGAGGAGAAGAAAGUGUGUCUCCCUGGCUUCACUGGACUGGUCAAUUUGGGAAACACUUGCUUUAUGAACAGUGUGAUCCAGUCCCUCUCCAACACACGGGAGCUCAGGGAUUAUUUCCAUGACCGUGGGUUUGAGUCUGAGAUUAACUGUAGUAAUCCAUUGGGCACUGGUGGACGGCUGGCCAUUAGCUUUGCUGUUCUGCUUCGAGCGCUGUGGAAGGGCACUCAUCAUGCAUUUCAACCCUCCAAAUUAAAGGCUAUAGUUGCCAGUAAGGCCAGUCAGUUUACAGGCUACGCACAGCAUGAUGCUCAGGAGUUCAUGGCUUUCUUACUGGAUGGGCUGCAUGAAGACCUAAACCGCAUCCAAAACAAACCGUACACCGAGACCGUUGACUCAGACGGCCGUCAGGAUGAAGUUGUUGCAGAAGAGGCAUGGCAGAGGCAUAAAAUGAGGAACGAUUCCUUCGUUGUUGACCUCUUUCAGGGCCAGUACAAGUCAAAGCUGGUGUGUCCUGUGUGUUCUAAGGUUUCCAUUACCUUCGACCCUUUCUUGUAUUUGCCUGUCCCCCUACCUCAAAAGCAGAAGGUGCUGACUGUUUUCUAUUUCGCUAAAGAUCCCCACAAGAAACCAGUCAAGUUUUUGGUCAGUGUGAGUAAAGUCAACUCGAGCACAGCUGAAGUACUGGAGACAAUAUCUCGCAGUGUGAGGAAUAAACCAGAGAACCUGAGGCUGGCAGAGGUGGUGAAGAACAGGUUCCACAGAAUCUUCUCACCGACUCAAUCUUUGGACACAGUCACGUCCAGUGAACUGCUCUUCUGCUUUGAGGUGUUGUCAAAAGAUCUCGCCAAAGAGAAAGUGGUGUUUCUGAAGGUCCAACAGAGACCUCAAAUUCCAAGCAUCCCAAUCACAAAGUGUGCUGGCUGCAUGAAGCCUCCUGCCUCUGACGACGAGAAGCUCAGGCGCUGUACUCGCUGUUACCGCGUCGGCUACUGCAAUCAGGCCUGCCAGAAGAACCACUGGCCCAAUCACAAAGUUAUGUGCCGGCUCAAUGUGGAGAAUAUUGGACUGCCGUUUUUAAUUAGUGUGCCUGAGUCUAGGCUGACUUACACCCAUCUGACACAGCUCCUGGAAGGCUACUCUAGGUACUCUGUCAAUGUGUUCCAGCCACCUUUCCAGUCCGGUCGGAUGUCUCCAGAGGCAAGCCUGUCCCGUGUUGACCUGACCCCCAUAGCAAGCAGUGUCUCAGAGUGUCAGGAGCAAGAGGAGGAGCCGUCAUCUGCAGGAGAAACGGAAAGCCAGGCGGAGCAGACAGAGACACCACAAACAGAUAGCGCAUCUGUGAUCUCCGCAGCAGGUGGGGAAACUCUCUCCAGUGACUCAGGCUGCUGUGAGCUCGCCACCAGCUCCCAAGAUUCUUUGGUGGAGAAAGAAACAUCAUGUGAAAAGGCUAUUAGACCAGAAGUUGUAGUGACCGGGUAUCAGCAACCGUCUGAGUCAGAGACUGGAAGUGCGUCUCAAUUCUACAUCACACUUCUGGACCCAAGCCAAAAGGAGGACCGAAAACUUGAGGACAAAGGUGAUGCGGUAUUGGAGCUGCCUGAUGACUGCACGCUGGAGCUGGUGUGGAAGAACUAUGAGAAGCAGAAGGAGUAUGUGCUGGUGCGCUCUAAAGAGCUAGAGUUUGAUGAGGACCCUGGCUCUGCUACGGAGACAUCCAGGGCAGGACACUUCACCUUAGAGCAGUGCCUGAACCUCUUUACCAAACCUGAGGUGCUGGCCCCUGAAGAGGCAUGGUAUUGUCCGAAGUGUCAGCAACACAGGGAAGCCUCUAAACAGCUGCUGCUCUGGCGUCUUCCCAACGUGCUCAUCAUCCAGCUCAAGCGCUUCUCAUUUCGGAGCUUCAUAUGGAGGGACAAGAUUAAUGAUAUGGUUGAUUUCCCAGUCAGGAACCUGGACCUGAGUAAGUUCUGUAUUGGUCAUAAGGGUGACAUCCAGCAGCCCCCCAUCUAUGAUCUCUACGCUGUGAUCAACCAUUACGGCGGGAUGAUCGGAGGACACUACACAGCCUACGCUCGUCUUCCCAGCGACAAGAACAGCCAGCGCAGCGACGUUGGCUGGCGUUUGUUUGAUGACAGCACAGUGACAACGGUGGAAGAGAGUCAGGUGGUUACGCGUUACGCCUAUGUGCUGUUCUACCGCCGCAGGAACUCUCCGGUAGAGAGGCCGUCUCACUUUCUGGGGCCCCUUGGAGCCGAAUCGUCUGCUGCAAGUGGCGGUGCUGCCAGUCAGGCAUCUCUGAUAUGGCAGGAACUGGAGGAGGAUGAGGAGGGGCAGCGAGAGACCUCUUUUCGGAGCCUGUUCCGCCCUGGUCUGCGUGGAAGAAGAGCCAGGACAAGGCCAGAGGAAGAAGACGAGGGCAGGGGAGGGAAUUCUCACCGCAUCUCAGAUUACGCUGAAGGCGAACGUAUGAAAUAUUUCAUCAUGGGCACUGUGGCGGCAGUCCUAGCCUUGCUGUUCAACCUCCUCUAUCCUUUGUUAUACUGGUCCAACUGGGUUUAAUUUACUAGUCACCGCAGCUGCAGACCCUCAGCAGAAACUGAAGAUUUGCACUUUGCAUUGUACUGUUAGUCAUCACUCUUCUCUUGGCAACUUCAGUGUUAUAUAGCUUUGGAGUCUCACAGCCUGAAAUAUAUCCAUGCUAGUCAGGAUUGUUGUUUUUUCAGUUGUGCUACAGUAUUGUCCAGAAUGUUUCAUAAACACUCAGGAAGAAUGUCCUGGAUAAAUAUAAAUGUACUUAGUCUAUGCAUUUAAUGGUUGACAUUUCAACAGUUCGGAGGACACCUGCUUUUUAGCCAGACUUGAGAUUUUAUUUAACUGCAGAACCAAUCAAUAAAUCAAAACUUAGAUGCAUUGGGAUCCUAAAAAUUAAAAUGUACUUAAUUUUCUUACUGUCAUGUUGUUCCAAUCCUCUAUGACUUUCUUCUUCAGCGCAUAAGAGAAGAUAUUUUGAAGAAUUUUGGUAACAAAAGUUUUCAUUCCCAUUGGAUUUUUUUUUUUUUUUUUUUCAUACAAUGGAAAUCAAUGGGAACCAAAGGCAUGUUCAUACAGGUUUGGAAGGACAUAAGAGUGAGUAUAUGGUAAGACAACAUAUUUUUGGUGGACUAUCUCUAACAUCUGCCAUUCAGCAUUGUGUAUCAGCUGUAUGUUUUAAAUAGAACUUAAAUUACCCUAAAAACAUUAAAAUUAUGAUGCGUUGACUCUUAUCUCUGUAGGUCUGUUAUGUCAGAUUUAAUGUCAACAUGAAUUCAGAGUUUAAUCUGGUUAAUAUAUUAGUGUUGAUUUCUGGCCUUAUCAUGAAGACGACACAAGAAAAAAAAGUGUGUUUGUAUGGGUUUUAUUUUUUUAAAUCUCAAUGUGUUUUUUUUUUUCCAGCUGAUGGAAAUGUUAAUUAAUCGAUUUUUUGCAUUUUGACCCCAUUCUGUAACCCACUUUUUGCCAUCGAUGAAACAAGGUUCUGUCUUGGAAUGUUCUUUUUUCUUCUCGUUUGUCAUAUUAUAGAAGUAAAAUGAGCUGUGUCUGCCAUUUCAUGUUGAUUUUAAAUCUAGAUUCGAAUCCUACUCUUUGUUUUUGGCUAAAUUGUAUGGUUACAUGUUCACCUUGUUUUUUUGGUUUGUUACAUUGAUAUUAAGCUUUGUUGAUUUUAUUUACUCAUUUUUACCACUAAAUGAUUUUCUUCUGUCUUAAUGAAAUCUUGCAAUGAAAACAUUGUCAGCAGUCUGGCAUGUUUUGAGAUGGUUUAACCCUCUGGUGUUCUGUUUAUGAGUGUCACUACUGAUCUUUGCCAUCAAAAGAGAACAAACACCUCAAAAGGUUUUAUUUUUUUAAUACUGUUAAAUCAAUGCAUCAAUAUAUUUUCAUUUACUAUUUUGUAUUUUGAGGGAAUUGUAUGGUACUAGUUAAGAUUUCUGCAAUAAUUGUCUGUUUUGCAGUCUUGAUGUUUCAGAGUUUCACCCCUUUAUUGCUAUGUACUUUUUUUUCAGCAUCAAGGCUGAUUUGUAGAAUCUACAUCUAAAAACUUGUUUUUUGCCUGGUAGCUGUUCAUUUCAUUGGCGAUCAUUUUUGACCACAAAGGCCACACGUCCCAUAAAGGUCACCAAAGUUCAUACUAUUCCGAUGAAAAUACAGUUCUUUAAAAUUCAAAACAAAAUUAUUAGGUCAGACGUGACCAAAGAACACCAGAGGGCUAACAAUAAGCAUUUUGUGAUCAGCGAGGUAGAUCAGCUCAGUACUGUACUUCUGUACCCAACAAGGGAAACCAGUUGCACCAUUGAUUCAAAGCCUAGUUGCACAUGUUGUAAAUUGAGAUGAGAUCCACAUAUUGUAAAAUGAAUGGUACUCGGUUUGUGGGUAUGUGGCAGUUCCAACCGUCUCAGGGAUACUGGUAGGCUAUUAUGAUUGAUGUGUCUGUCCACACUACAAGGCCUAAAACAUUCGGCUUCUAUGAAUGCCUCCGCUCUGGACCCCAUCAGAUUGUUCUUGUACCUCAGGUCAGGAUUAGGUGUUUGAAAUGUUACUGAUUCCAAUGAAAAGGUAAAUCUUUGCGCGCAAGACUGCAUUAUGCAUGUAUGUUAUCAUUUAGGCAGUAAUUAAAUAUUUUUGGAUCAAGUGAUUUGUAUUUAAAUAUCUUCAGAUGAGAAAAUAUAUUUAUGUUAUUUAUGAUGCUGCACAAAAUGUCCCAGCAAUAAUUGAGACCACUUUAAAUGCUGCUCAAUUGUAAUAGUGCCUGUAUCAUGCUCUUCAUAAACAAUAAAUAAUUGAGGAUUACCCUGUCUUGAAA